AUGUUCGCGCUUCGUGCUUCGUCGUCGUCGUCGAGAGACACUACACGCUAUUUGCACCCUUCGAUAUUCGACCCACCUGCACACUCGAUAGCACGCCGUGCUCCAGUCCCGUCUGUCGGGCUCAUCAAAGAUGUCAAGAUCCACGCCGAUGGAACAUCACAACGUAUCCACGCCUUCUCCGACUUCUCGAUCACUUUCUCCAUAGACAGGCCGUAUCAACAAAUCAAACUUUCGCUGGAGCCGAAUCAUGAUGUUGUCGAUCAUAAUGUUAAAAUCGAGUACAUGGGCGCCGAUGGCAAAAUCGUCCAGGCCGAGAAUGUAGAUAGGAGUCAAGAGAAGGUCUUCAAGGGGACUAGUUAUUUAAUGGGCGAACACGGAUGGGAAUAUGCCGGACACGCCAGGAUAUACGUUUACAAGGAUGGAGAGUCACCUUUGUUCGGUGGUGCCUUCGCAAUUCACGGAAAUGACCAUCAUAUUCAACUAAGGUCCGGCUAUAUGCAAACCAAGCACGACGAGGACCCUCACCUUGAUGGUGAGGAGGAAUUUAUGGUCGUUGUGAGGGACUCGGACAUCAACGAAGGCAUCAGAUCUCAACAUAAAAGAGGGAUAGAGGCCGAAAAGAGCUGCGGUUCUGAUGAUUUGGCUUUCAAUACGGACCCGAAUCAUAAAAUCAGGAGGCAGAUUAUGGAAAGCGCUGGAAUGAAGAGAGAUAUUAGCUGGAAUCCUCUUGGUGCCAACAGUAUCUUCGGUCGGAUGAAAAAAAGACAGGUCGACAACAGCUCUGGUGGUUUCGGUGGUGGUAUCAACCUGAGGAGCGUUAUCGGAAGCACCGUGGGAUGCCCGUCGACCAGAAAGGUCGCUCUUAUGGGUAUCGUAGCGGACUGCGAAUACGUUGCCAGUUUCGGAAACAACGGAGAGCGAGUCCGACAGAACAUCAUCAGUGUAGUCAACGAGGCAUCGACUCUUUUCGAAUCAACCUUCAACAUCACCCUUGGCCUUGCCAACCUAAUUGUCAGCAAUCCAAACGAAACCUGCCCGGUCACUGCGCCUCAGACUGCUCCAUGGAAUUUGCGAUGUUCCAGCAACACCACAAUUGAAGACCGCUUGAAUAUCCUUUCUGAGUGGAGAGGAACAAAGUCUGGCGACGGUCUGGCCUUUUGGACCCAACUCACCAACUGUCCUACUGGGGCAUCUGUUGGACUUGCAUGGCUGGGUCUUCUUUGCCAAUCCGAAGCCAACCGCCAGAACACCAAUUUUGUCAGCGGAGCCAACGUUGUAGCCCGAACCAACCAGGAAUACAAAGUUCUAGCUCACGAGGUCGGCCAUACUUUCGGAGCAGUACAUGAUUGUACGUCAGCAGCUUGUCAAGAUGAAGCCUACGUUGCUACAUCGCAAUGCUGUCCUUUCUCAUCGAACGGCUGCGAUGCUGGCGGGCGAUUCAUCAUGAACCCCUCUACCGGAGAUUCUAUCACUCAGUUCAGCGCUUGCACUGUCGGCAAUAUCUGUACCGGACUUAGCCGGGGCACUGUUAAUAUGAACUGCUUGUCUGCUAACCGUAAUAUUCCUACAAUUGUGGCGGGUGUUUGCGGUAAUGGAAUCGUCGAAGAGGGUGAGGAAUGUGACAGCGGUGGUGAUUCUACUUGCUGUGAUCCUAGUACCUGCCGUUUCCGUACCGGAGCCGUUUGCGAUCCCACGAACGAAGAGUGCUGCACAGGCACAUGCCAAUUCGCCCCGAAUACCCAAGUCUGCCGCCCCAGUAACGGUCCAUGCGAUCCCGAAGAAACCUGCAGUGGUGGCAGUUCUUCCUGUCCAGCAGAUGUUACGACUCCGGAUGGCCAAUCAUGCGGUGACGCAGACGCUGGUACUUAUUGUGCUAGUGGGCAUUGUACCAAUCGUGACGCUCAGUGUCGCAGUUUGGUUGGCGUUCUCCAGGGCGUUAAUAACAAUACCAAGAGUUGCGAUGAUGUUAACUGCCAACUUACAUGUACAUCCCCACAACUUGGCCAAGGCGUUUGCUACGGGAUGCAACAGUGGUUCGUCGACGGCACGAGGUGUGGGUCUGGAGUCUGCAGAUCCGGAUCCUGUGUCGGUAAUAGUGUGUUCAAUGAUGUCAGGAGUUGGAUCCAGAGGCAUCUUCCACUUGUCAUCGGCCUUUCCGCUGGUAUCGGCGGCCUCAUAGUCCUCUCGAUCCUGUGGUGCUGCAUCCGUAGCUGCAUCCGUCGCGUCAAGCGUAGAAAGCUCCGUUCACAACCACCAAUUUUCAUCCCACCGCAAGAUAUGGGUUAUGUCGCCCCUCCCUACGCCCCCAGUAAUGCUGGGAGAAGGCUUAGUCGACGGGACGGCAGCCAGAAUCGCGGUGUUGGAGGAAACAUGCCCCCUCCUCCUCCUCAACAGAUGCCGCCAAACCAGUUCGGCUAUGAUCAACAGUAUUAUAUGGAACAAGCGGCAGCAUUGGAUUAUUAUAAUAAUAUGAGAACCAACAGCGGUCAUCCUCAGCAGCCAGGCAACGCACCUCCAUACGCACCGCCUUACGGGCAGCAAGAGCCGCAGAGGGGUCAGAGUGUGCGUUAUGCCUAA